AUGAGGACGAGGCUAGCGACAGUGACAAGGCUAAUAUGCCUGGCCCUGUCAUUAACAGCCGUUACGGCCAAAAAGGACGCGCCUGCCGUCGAAGAAACAGGCUUCAAGUCGCUGCCUGCCAACAUCUUCUACUUCGACGAUAGCGACACCGUCCUGGUCACCGACAUCAAGCCUGGCAUUGUAUACCGCUCCACCGAUGCUGGUGUCAAAUGGAAAGCCAUCAAGGACAUCACCGAGGGUCAGAUUGAUCAAGUCUUCCCUCACCCAUACGACUCAAAGGCAGCCAUCGCCAUCGGUCAAGAGAAGACGCACUGGAUCACAAAGGAUAGGGGUGACUCUUGGACCGAGUUCAAGACAAAGUACGAAGUCGCCAACGGACGCGCCUUGAGUUUCCACGCAGACGACCCGGACCGCAUCAUCAUCAGCACUCUCGAUUGCCAUGGCUCCAUCUGGGGUGACUGCACGCCCAAGGCUUACUACACCCUCAACGGCUUCAAGGACAUUGAUCUGCUCCAAGACAAGGCUGUUUCAUGUCUCUGGGCCAAGUCCACCGACCUCUUCACCACCGGCGACGACAAGCUUGACAAGAACCAGGUUCUCUGUGCUGUUGAAGGCAAAUAUUCGACGUGGCAAAAGGACAACCGCCUCUUGAUGUCCAACGAUUUCUUCGAAAAGAACGAGGUUGAACCCACCAUCUCUGGAGGUCGCACUGUUCCCGGCGUCGUCAACGUCGCUGCUGUCAAGGGAUACAUCGCUGUUGCUGCAAAGUCCGAGGGUACAAGCGAGCUCGCCAUGUAUGUCACCGACGAUACCAAGACAUGGCAUCGCGCAGAGUUCGGCAACCACAAACUCGAGGAAAACGCAUACACUCUCUUGGAGUCUACAAACUACAGCAUUCAGGUCGAUCUUAUGACUUCCAGCAUGUCCUCUCCGAUGGGCGCCCUCUUCACCAGCAACUCGAACGGCACAUACUUCACAAAGAACAUCGAGCACACCAACCGCAAUAUGCAAGGAUACGUCGAUUUCGAGAAGAUCCAAAACAUCCAGGGCAUUGUCCUUGUCAACGUUGUCGACAACUGGGAAGAGGUGGAGAAGGAUUUCAUGGCCGACAAGAAGACCAAGUCACAGAUCAGUUUCGACGAUGGAAGAGUCUGGCAUGGCAUGAAGGUCGACAAGGAUGAUCUGCAUCUCCACUCCGUCACCGACCAGCGCAAUAUCGGACGCGUUUUCACCAGUCCUGCUCCUGGAAUUGUUAUGGGUGUUGGAAACACUGGCAAAUAUCUCAAGACAUAUGAAGAAGGCGACACUUUUGUCUCAGACGAUGCUGGCCUUACAUGGCGACUCGCCUUGGAAGGUCCUCACCUUUACGAAAUGGGCGAUCAAGGUGCGAUCCUUGUUGCAGUCGAAGACACCGAAACGAGAAAGAUUCGAUGGAGCAUUGACCACGGAAAGAAGUGGGAGUCGUUCGAACUGAAGGACAAGAUCAGACCCGUCGUCCUCCUGACUGUCCCCGAUUCUACAAGUCUCAAGUUCAUCCUUGUAGCCUCAAAGGGCAGUGGUUCCAAAUUGGAGCACUUCACAUACUCUCUUGAUUUCAGCGAGCUUCAUGAGGACAAGUGCAAGGACUCUGACUUCGAGAAGUGGGCUGCACGUGUCGACGAAGAUGGCAAGGCAAGCUGCAUCAUGGGCCACAAACAGUUUUUCCGCAGACGCAAGGCUGACGCUGACUGUUUCGUUGACAUUGAGUUCAAGGAUCCCCAGCCUGAGUUCGAGGAUUGCAAGUGCACUGAUGCAGAUUACGAAUGCGACUACAACUUCCAGCGGUCUGAGGACGGCAAGGAGUGUGUACCCGCUGGACCUCUGAAGGCUCCUGAAGGCGCGUGCAAGAAUGGUGAUGAAGAGUACGAAGGCAGUUCUGGUUAUCGCUUGAUUCCUGGCAACACUUGCGACAAGAAGGACGGUGCCGUAAAAGACAAGCCUGUCAAGCGACCUUGCAAGGACACUACCAAGCAACCAGCAUCUGGUAAGAUAUCUCACGAGCUCAACAAGUUCAAGGGUGCCAAGUUUGCCGAAUAUUAUUACCUCGAGAGGGCCGCUUCUGCUUCUGGAGAUGACGAGACGAUCAUCAUGCGUACUGACAGACGCGAGGUGUACAUCUCUCAUGACGGUGGCAAGAAAUGGGAUCAAGCGCUUCCUGAUGAAGAAAUUGUCUCUGUUUACCCCCAUCAGUACAACCAGGAUACCGUCUACCUGAUCACUCCUUCCAAGAAAGUGUACUACUCGGAAAAUCGUGGCAAGAGCAUUCAUCAUUUCAAAGCUCCAGAGGAACCCAAUCAAGAUCAUGUACAAAUCCUGAGCUUCCACCCAACUCAAAAGGACUGGCUCAUCUGGACUGGAGGUCAAGAUUGCAAGGGCUUUGGCACCGAUUGUCACUCUGUCGCUCAUGUCUCCAAGAAGAACGGUGAGGACUGGUCUACUCUUCUGCGCUUCGUUCGCAAAUGCCAGUUUGUCGCUAGAGAAGAUCGCAACGGUAGCGACAGCAUGGUCUUCUGCGAGCAGCACCAGGACGAAGACCCUGACAAGCCUCUGCAGCUGAUUUCCAGUGACGACUUCUACGAGCACAAGAAGGUCCAUUUCGACGAUGUCAUCAGCUUCGCUACCAUGUCCGAAUUUAUGGUUGUCGCCCUCAGAGACAAAGAGGGCAAAGAUCUGCGCGUGGACACCAGUAUUGACGGCAGAACUUUUGCCAAUGCUCAAUUCCCCAAGAACUUCAAGGUCCCUCAUCAGCAGGCUUACACUGUUCUUGAUAGCUCAACUCAUGCCAUCUUCUUGCACGUCACCGUCAACAACAGAGAAGGUCAGGAGUACGGCUCGAUCGUCAAGUCCAACAGCAAUGGUACCUCGUAUGUCAUGAGCAUCGGAGCAGUCAACCGCAAUACUCCUGGAUAUGUCGACUUCGAGAAGAUGCAAGGACUCGAGGGUGUCGCAGUUGUCAACGUUGUUUCGAACGUUGGAGAAGUUGAUGGCGGUGCUUCGAAGAAGCUGAAGACCAUGAUCACUCACAACGAUGGCGCAGAGUGGGGUCUUAUCACUCCUCCUGAGAAGGACUCUGACAACAAGCCUAUCGAUUGCAGUGGAGAUAUGGAGAAAUGUUCUCUCCAUCUGCACGGCUACACUGAGCGCAAAGAUCCUCGCGACACCUAUUCUUCACCAUCAGCUGUUGGUUUGAUGAUGGCUGUAGGUAACGUCGGACCCAACCUCGGUCCCUACAAAGAAGGCAACACAUUCAUCACUCGUGAUGGCGGUGUUCAGUGGCACGAAGUUUUUAAGGGAACCUUCAUGUGGGAGUAUGGCGAUCAAGGAUCAAUCAUUGUCAUUGUCCAAGAAGGAACGCCCGUUGAUACUGUCUUCUACACUACUAACGAAGGCAAGAAAUGGACUGCCUACCAGUUCAGCGAGACCAAGGUUCUCGUUGAUGACAUCUCCACUGUUCCCUCCGACAUGUCUCGCAACUUUAUCCUCUGGGGCAAAGACGGGGGUUCCUCUGGAGGUCUUGUUGCUAUCAACCUCGACUUCUCCGGUCUCACAGAUCGUCAAUGCAAGCUCGACGAAGACAAGCCAGAUGCAGAAGACAGUGACUACUACCUUUGGGAGCCCAAACAUCCUCUCUCGGAUAACAACUGCCUCUUUGGUCACGUUGCUCAAUACCAUCGCAAGAUCCCUGAUAACGAGUGCUACAAUGGCCCUGCUAUUCAGCAUCUCCACGAUAUUUCCCAGAACUGCUCCUGCACUCGUCAAGACUUCGAGUGUGAUUACAACUUUGAACGUCAGAAUGACGGAUCUUGUGCGCUUGUUCCUGGCUUCCAACCCAUGAGCGGACUCGAGUACUGUGCUGCCAACCCUGAUCUGGACGAGUACUACGCACCAAGCGGAUACCGUCGCAUCCCUCUUACCACCUGUGUCGGCGGCAGAGAACUGGACAAGACCUCCGAACCCUACCCCUGCCCCAACCACGAAAAGCAAUUCGAGAAGAAACACGGCAUCAGCGGAGCAGGCCUCUUCUUCGCCAUUGUGAUUCCUAUCCUCGCAGCCGCAGGAGUAGGAUACUGGGUGUACCGCAACUACGACGGGCAGUUCGGACGUAUCCAACUCGGCGACACCGGCAUGAUGGGCAAUGGCAAUGGCGCCUUUGACUCUGAACAACCUUGGAUCAAGUAUCCUGUUGCUGCUGUGUCUGCGCUUGUGGCUGUUCUUGCUGCUGUGCCUAUGGUUGUGGGCGGACUUUUCCGUAUGGCUAGUAGCAGAUUCGGAGGCGGUAGCAGUGGAGGAGCGUACUCGAGACCAUAUACCAGUCGUAGUAGCUUUUCGAGGGGGAGGGGCGAUUACUCGCAUGUUGAUGCUGAUGAGGGCGAGUUGCUGGGCGACGAGAGUGAUGAGGAAGUGUAA